AUGGAUGAUUUCAACAUCAUCCUAUGUAUAGAUUUUGUAGUCAAGUCAAAGGUAAGGAUCUUCUUUCACUAUAACAAUCUUAUUAUUUACAGAGGAGACUAG